AUGUUUUAUGGAGAUUUUAUUGGACACUUGUUUGGAGCUAUUUCAGGAUUUCUUGCUGUGUAUUGGAUGUUUUAUUUUAAUAGAAGUGCAAUUGAAUUGAUUGGAAUCAUAUUUAUUGGAUAUUGUUUAAUGAGGUCAACUGGUGAUCCAAAUAGAGAAAUGAUGGAAAGAAAUAAUGUGGUGGUGAAUAAUGAACUACCACUUAGAUUGAAUCAAAACUUGGAAGGUGAUAAUAGGAUUGUCAGGAAUUAUAAUGUUGUAAAUGGGAAUCUUGAAAAAAUUAGACCUGUUGUUUCGAAUAGAAGAAAUGAAAAUCUUGAACAACCUGCUAAUAGAUCUACUAUCAACCAAGAAAAUAUUGCAGUCAGGCCUAGGAUACGAAAUGGAGUUAAUGGAUCUAGACGAAACACAAGACAUAGAAAUACCCCAUCCAACAAUAUAGAAAACACUUCUCCAAAUGUUCACCCACAAGAAGUUAUUGAAAAUAUUAAUGAACAAGAUAUUCGAGUGGUCAAUCAAGAAGAACAACCAACACGAACUGUAAUGCCACAUCACAAUGUUGAUCCAAGCAAUGUGAGAUUUUUGAGACACCAAAUGUUAAAUAAGCUUGAAAAGACAAAUGAAUACACUGGUAAGAGAAAAGCUAAUGCAUUUACUCAACCAAAGGCAAAGAAAAAGAAGGAAUAG